AUGGAAGCGGACGGUUUCGUGUCCCGGCGAACGUCCAUGGAAGCGCCGGGCGUCGACAGCCGGGUCGCAGGCGCCGCAGCCGGGGCAGAGAUCCGGUGGCUUGGCGGCAGGGUCCUGGACGCCACGGGGGGGUUCGUGGGGUCUUUCUCACCGAGGGUGGCCAAGGAGCAGGACUUUUCACCGGUGCUGCACCGGGCAGUGGCGGAGCCUUCGACCUCCGCGGAGCCAGAAAUAGACUAUGAAGGGCUGCCUGCGGGAGCCGCCACCAGCACCCACAUGCUGGCAGGAGCCGUGGCUGGAAUCAUGGAGCACUGCCUCAUGUACCCCAUCGACUGUGUCAAGACUCGGAUGCAGAGCCUCCACCCCGAGCCGGGCGCCCGCUACCGGAACGUGAUGGACGCCCUGCGGCAGAUCGUGCGCACCGAGGGCGUGUGGCGGCCCAUCCGGGGCGUCAACGUGCUGGCGGUGGGGGCGGGGCCCGCCCACGCCCUCUACUUCGCCUGUUACGAGAAGAUCAAGUUCUCGCUCAGCGACGCCAUCCACCCCGGGACCAACAGCCACUUUGCCAACGGAGUCGCCGGCUGCAUGGCCACCGUGCUGCACGACGCCAUCAUGAACCCGGCUGAAGUGGUCAAGCAGCGGAUGCAGAUGUUCAACUCGCCCUACCGCGGCGUGCUGGACUGCGUGGGCUCCAUGCUGCGGCGCGAGGGCACGGCGGCGUUCUACCGCAGCUACACCACGCAGCUCACCAUGAACGUGCCGUUCCAGGCGCUCCACUUCAUGACGUACGAGUACCUGCAGGAGCUGCUCAACCCGCACAGACAGUACGACCCCUCCUCCCACGUGGUGUCGGGCGCGCUGGCUGGGGCGCUGGCCGCCGCCGCCACCACCCCGCUCGACGUCUGCAAGACGCUGCUCAACACGCAGGAGGCCCAGGCCGUCCACGUGGUGCAGGGCGGCGCGGCGCCCGCCGCCCGCCACAUCUCGGGCCUGGGCGAGGCCUUUCGGACGGUGUACCGGACGGGAGGCGCGCCCGCCUUCUUCAAAGGCGUCCAGGCCAGGGUCAUCUACCAGAUGCCCUCCACCGCCAUCAGCUGGUCUGUCUACGAGUUCUUCAAGUACCUCAUCACCAAGCGGCAGCACGAGAGGCGGCUGCGCGGCGACCGCGACGCCGACAAGUGAGGAAACCGCGAGAAGGUGGACGGCGCCGUACCGACGGCGGCGUCGGUACAGAUUCAGAAGAAAGGAAGGAAAAGGUUUGAGAUCAGUGAGCUUUACUGAUGUGGGCCAAGACGGGCCGCAUCCGGAGAAAGCCUGGAAAGAGCAAGAGCGGUCCUCACUAAUUCAAUCCAAUCAUUACUGAAGUCAAGGAAAUCCUAUUUUUAGAAGCUGUUAUUACCCUUUCCCUUGCAGCCAAUCGCAGCGUGGGAAAACGUCCCCCGCAGGCCGACGCUGCGGUUUUAAUGGGUUCAAUGGGACGAAUUCAGCUUGUCCAACUCUAGAAACACUCUUAAGUCUGUGCAAAGCAUGAAAAAUGGCUCGAGAGAGAACAAAGGCACUUAUAUGAAUUAAUGAUCAGCUGUCGUCAUGAAUGGGUUAAAGCAGCAGAUCAUGAGCUUGUUGAGUCGGAUCAUCAGGAAACUUCCUCGGGGUUUACCCUGGUCCCUCUCAAGCUGUCAGCACUCACCUCCUCGCGUCUCCCUGUGCUUUACACAGACUUUAACGUUGUGUGGAAGACCUGCACUGUUCCACUACCGGGCUGUUCCUGCACAGGAAGUCACGCAUGUCUCCACCAGAGGGCGCACUGCGCUGCAUUACCAUGGGUUUUCAUGUUUUAAUUUUCUGUUGGGUUUGGGUGGGGUGGGGGGGGGGGGGUCUUGUUCUAACUCGGGGUUUUUGGCCCCUCAUGAGGCUGAAACGUGCAGGAACUCCCUCCGGCAGUGCAGCCUCUUCUCUACACAGCGACGGUCACUUUGAAUAUCUUCUGUCCUCAAUCGCACAGCAUUCUCGAGCACUUGAUCGCAGCUUCUGGACCUUUUCAGGACAGAAUAAAGGUCGCUUAUUUCUUUAAAAGAAAAGUAGAAAACUACUCCUUUUAAAUGCCUUCUAUUAGCUGUCAUGUGAACAACGCACAACGACUACAAAGGCGUCUUCAGAUGCAGGUUUGAUUUGUUUUUGAAGCCAUAAAAGAGAAAUUAGCUGUACAUAAAGUAAAUAUCAGUCCCAGAUAGACUACCAGGCUCAUUUUGAGGCUAGCUUGUAUGUUGGAUGAAU